AGCUACUGGCGUGAGCAAGAAUCCUUGCGCCGAGGAUUAUCCUGGAGAAUCACCAUUUUCGGAAAUAGAGAUGAAAACCAUGUCCGAUUUUAUAAGACCUCUCCAUUUUUACGCGUAUGUCUCGUUCCACAGCUAUGGUCAACGAUUGGGAUUUCCUUUUUCUUAUACGGAUUCACAUACCUUCAUUCAAUAUAAGGAACUGUAUCGUGUCGGCACGGCGGCGAUCGAUGCUCUUAAAGAGGUGCAUGGAACAACAUAUUAUACUGGAUGUCUUGGCGAGAUCAGUCAAUGGGGUGAGGUUAGUGGCGUCAGUAUAGAUUACAUCGCAGCAGCUUAUUUUAAGCAAGUCGUUUUUCGGUACCAAUUGCGUGAUAAACUGACUUUCUUGUUGCCACCUGAGCAGAUCAUCCCGACUGGAGAGGAAACUUUAGCUUCUUUGCUGACUAUGUUUACUGAAGUAUUAAAUAGUACUAUAUUUACUGAAAUUUUAAACUAAUUAGAUAAUUAUGCUGACAUCGUGUUAUGAUUAAACAUUAGAUUUGUAUAAUUUAUUGUUGUUGAUUUUAUACUUUUAUAUAUGACAAAUGAAAAAUAUUUAUAAAUCUAUUUCUAUGUAAUCUAUCAAUGACAAACAUGUAAUAAUGACAAAUAAAUUUCAGUAUUACGCUUUUUAAUUA